GCGCACUUCGAGGAGGACCACAGGUGGAGAUGCCAAAAUGGAAGGAGGGACAGCAUCAGUGCCCUGCAGGUCUGCUGAUGAAGGAGGGACAGCAUCAGUGCCCUGCAGGUCUGCUGAUGAAGGAGGGACAGUAACAGUGCCCUGCAGGUCUGUUCAUGAAGGCUUUCAUGGCAGCAUCAAAAACUCCACCCAGGACUUUGUGGUCACUGAAAUAGAUGUGCAUGGGCAACUUGUGAACAGUCCAGGUGCUCUUGAGGAACCUGUGAAGUUCAAGAAUAAUGCUGAGAUCAGAGAGUUUCCACACAAAGACAGUACUGGAGUAAACCUCCUGACUGAGGAAACACCUUCCAGUGAAGUUGCAAGUGGUGAAGAUUUGAGCCAGGAGCGUUUUGACCUGAGUGUAAUUCUGAGCUGUUCUGUAAUCAAGACCUUAGAACAAUUUGCCGGCAGCGUCCAGGGUUAUAGUGAGGUGCAAAAGAACAUGGAAAUAUCCCUUGGAUCCUUUCCAGACAAACACCAGCGAGCCAUCGUGCACAGCGCAGUGAAGUACAAUUACCCUUUUCUCUCGACAGUCACCAACCAUGAGGAGAUCCUGGUCAGAGAGGAUCCAGACUUCAGAGAACUUUCAAAUUUAGUAUCUGUGGAGGAAGCAGAGGAGUUCUUCAGGUUUAAAGAUGCUAAAGUUCCUGGCUCCACGUUCACCUUCUUGCCUGAUGACAUCAAGGAGCACCGGACGUCCGUUCACCAUUUUGUGAGCAGAAAGUUUGGAAAGCUGAUGGAGACGAAGAGCUUCAUGACGCAGGGCAGAACUGCUAUUACAGUGAGGCUAAGAGAGCGAGGGAGGCAGGCCAGGAAGAGGACGGCAGCAGAUCUGGAUGAGCAGGAUAUUUACACAGGUUUCACCCUCAGAAAAGAAAAUCUGGAGACUUUAGAGGCCAUCAGCUAUAUGGCAGCAGUACUCGGAGUUCUUCCAUCUGAUUUCUCCUAUGCCGGUGUCAAAGACAAACGAGCUGUAACCUAUCAGUCGAUGGUUGUAAAGAAGAUUUCUCCAGAACGGUUGUUGGGGAAGGCUGAUAUGUUUGAGAGGAAAGGAAUACAGCUGUCUAAAAUUCGUCCGGUAUCUGAACCCCUCCAGCUCGGAAGGCUGGCAGGGAACCAUUUUGACCUUGUCGUCCGGGAUCUGAAGCCUCACAGGUGUAGUUCCACAGAGCUAGAAAGUCUUGUGAAAGAGGCUGUGGAGAAUGUAAAGACUCGGGGCUUUGUGAAUUGUUACGGACCGCAGAGGUUUGGAAGCAGCCAGAAAGUUCCAGCAGACCGAGUGGGACUUGCGCUUCUGAAGGAGGACAUGAAUACAGCUCUCAGGUUGUUUCUGAGUCCAGAGGAAGGUGAUGACCAAGGAAAUAAAGCCAAACAACAUUUCCACCAGACGGGGAAUGCCAAAGAAAGCCUGGCUCUGAUGCCUCUGCAGAAGGCCAGAGAGAGGCUGAUGCUCCGAGCUCUGCACCGCUACGGUAGCGGCCUGGAAGGCGGCCGUCAUGCGUGGCUCAGCCUGCCGCACAGCAUGAGGGUCUUUUACCUCCACGCCUACUGCAGUCGUUUGUGGAAUGGAGCAGCGUGCUUCAGGCUGCAGACUCUUGGAGCUCAGCCUGUACAGGGAGACCUGGUCUUGGCUGCAUCCUGCAGAGAUGGCCAAGCAGAAGAAGAAACGCACGCAUCACAGGUCCAUGUUGUCACGAGUGCAGAAGAGUAUGAUGGUGUCUUUUCACUCGAUCAGGUGGUCCUCCCGAUGCCAGGUAACAGUGUGAAGUACCCAGAGAACAUGGUUGGCUCAUGGUACCAGGAAAGACUGGGACGGGACGGCCUGAGCUCAUGCAGGUUCAGAAUCCCUUCACUGAAACUCAAUGUCCCAGGCUGCUAUCGCCCCCUACUGUCUUACCCUCGCAAUGUCUCCUAUAGCCUCCAUGUUGAUGAGGACAGUGGGUUGUCCUCACUUUCAUGCAGAACGAGCCUGGCGCUGUCUUUUGACUUGAACGCAUCCUGUUAUGCAACAGUCUGUCUCAGAGAGAUCAUGAAGUGUGACCCAUAGUUACUGUGACUGAACAAGUAACAGGCUGGAUGGAAGAUUGUGUUUUAUUACAGCAUUGGACUUGCAGAUGGAUUAGUGAGAUCAUCUCAUCAUAGGUUUGAUUCAAACGGUAAUAUAUGAAAAAAAAAAAGCCAAAGUGAAACAGUGAACUAGCGGUACCAGGGUUUUACUUUACAAAAUAUUUGCAGAAUUACUGAGAUUUAAAGGGUUAACAUUGUUAAAGCCCCAUUAAAUCAAUAAGCAGGGUGCACAAGAGUGAUGAGUUCACUGAAGGUCUAACGUAAUGUAAAUAUCUUUCGUAGCAGGGCUGCAAGGCCUCGUUUUAGUUUAUGCCUCUUGCAAUAAGAUCAGUGGAAGGUGAUAGACAACUUUUCUUGUUACCCUGCACUGCAUCCAAGUCGCCUGUUCUGCAUACAGGAAGGGGAAAUAAAUAUUCAGACACUCGUUGUAUAAUAA